AUGAGUAUUACAAGUGGAAGUGAUGACAAGAUUAUGUCGAUGGGUUGCAUAGAUUCGCCAUCUGCAGCUAGCAGUGGAGGAAAUGUGACAGGAAGUGGUCCACUGAAGAAAGGGCCAUGGACAUCCGCGGAAGAUGCAAUUUUAGCAGCAUAUGUCAACAAGCAUGGAGAAGGGAAUUGGAAUGCUGUCCAGAAGCACUCAGGACUGUCCCGAUGUGGGAAAAGCUGUCGUCUACGUUGGGCAAAUCACCUUAGACCGGAUCUUAAGAAAGGUGCAUUCACUCCUGAGGAAGAGCACCAUAUCAUUGAACUCCAUGCCAAGAUGGGAAACAAAUGGGCUCGAAUGGCUGCGGAGCUGCCUGGGCGCACCGAUAAUGAGAUAAAGAACUACUGGAACACUAGAAUCAAGAGACGACAGCGCGCUGGCUUGUCAAUUUACCCUCCUGAUAUCUGUUUGCAAGCAUUAAAUGAGGACCAACAAAGUCAGAACGUGAGUACAUUCUCUUAUGAGGACAGACCCAGCCCUGAUCUCUUACUGAGCAACCACUUUGAGAUUCCGUCUGUGGAAUUCAAAAAUUUGGAACUCAAUCAGCAAUUGUAUCCACAAUCACUUCUUGAUGUUUCUGGGAAUAGCUUGCUUGUUCACAGUCCUGGUUCCUUCCAUAGCAAUAACUCUUCUUUCGCAAUGAUGCAUCCAGCCAAGCGUCUUCGAGAAUCAGAGUCCUUGCAUACUGGUUUGAGUGGUAGUCUGGGUGAUCUCUUUCCAGCAUUUAAUCAAUAUCAAGAUGAUGCUUGUGAGAAGCUUGCUCACUCCCUUGGGUUUUCCUGUGCAUAUGAUCAUAAUAUUCAUGCCAACCACCCAUCAACUUCAUGUUUACUUCCAGGCAGCCAUGCACUUUUAAAUGGCAAUUCCUCUUCUUCGGAGCCCUUCUCAUGGGCAAUGAAGCUGGAGCUCCCUUCACUCCAAUAUUCAGACACUCAAGUAGGCAGCUGUGGGUCACCUUCCCCGCUGCCUUCUCGCGAGUCUGUUGAUACUUUGAUCUGGUCCCCUCCCACUGAGCAGAUGCAACUCGAUUGUCUUUCAUCACGGAACAGUGGCCUGUUAGAAGCUGUACUUUAUGAGUCGCAAACACUGAAAAACUCAAAGAACAGUUCAUGCCAGCAGACUCCUAAUGCCUCUCUUACCCCUGACAAUGUAGUGGACACUUUGACUCAGAAUCUCCAUCGGACAGGAUGGGAAGUGUAUGGUGAUCCAAUCUCUCCUCUGGGUUAUUCUGCUGCAUCAGUUUUCAGUGUACACGAAUCUAUCAGUAGAAGCUCAACUAAUGAACACCAGUCAGCCGUGACUGUGCCAGGAUUCAAAAUUAAGCAAGAACCAGUUGACUGGGUUUCUGCAUGGGACAAUGGAAAGGAUGAAGUGCAACCUCAGAUGAUUUUUUCCAGGCCAGAUUGUCUACUCGGGUCGAACUGUUAUAACCUAAACUUAUAAACUCGAGUACAUUAUUACUCUCUCUAAUGAGAAGACUAUCUUCAUAAAUAUGAACUUGAAAGAACCAAAGUCCUGUAAAACAAACACUAAACACAAAACCUCGUGAAACAUAUAGAGUAUUUCAAAUAUAAAUCAUGGUCCUAACACUGAGCAUGGUAAAGACCUUUCCAUCCUGAAAGAUUCUAUUGGGGCACUUAUUGGUGAAGGUUUUAGCGAUGACUGCAAGCAAAUGGGCGCUGUAGCUGCUUCCUCAGGUCAAGGGUGCAGCCGUGGAUCUUGUGCAGGGUGUAGCAUAUCUACUGUCUAGCCAACGUCCUGAAAAUCAUCAAGAUCUUCAUGAAUUUGAAUGCGAUGGUAAUGGAAGGUUGGAAAUUGAAGAAAGUGGAAGUGCGCAAGUGACACCAGAGCUGAAUGCACCUUUUGUCGUAGCAGUGUGAGAAUUAUUAGUAUCAUUCAUGUUAAACAUAUACGAUGCUUUCCAACUAUUCCAUGGAUUUUUCUUUUGGUGCACUGUAAACUCUUAUAUUUGUCUGCUUUGAAAAUGAUUGCCAGCCCUGGCUAUCAAACUAUAGAAUACAG